AACAAUUUUUUUUUUAUUUUUUCAUCUCAUUGUUUUCAUCCCAAUUUCUUUGUUAACUUUGAAACCUAAACCUGCUCUUUUGUUUUUCUUCACAAGUCCUAAAGGCGGCCUGCGCAGGUUUUAGGGAUAAUCGGAAAACCCUACCGCUCUAUAUUUGUUCCCGCCGCCUGAAAACCGAAAUGGAAGACCAGUUGUUGGCGACGCCGGGAGAAGUGCUGGGAUCGGCUCUGCAGUACAAAGCCGGGAAAGGGGCUUACCUCUACAAAAGGACUGUAAUCUCCGCCAUCACCGGAUUCCGCUCCUUCAUACACCCACCGUCCGACUCUCCUGACCAGAGACCAACUGUGGGGGUUACUGGACAUAAGGCACAUGGACCUGUUCCUCAGCCAGGCUCAAUGGUUUUAGCCAGGGUCACUAAGGUGAUGGCAAGGAUGGCUUCAGUGGAUAUAAUGUGUGUUGGUUUCAAGGCUGUUCGUGAAAAAUUCACCGGUACCAUAAGGCAACAAGAUGUCAGAGCAACUGAGAUUGAUAAAGUAGAUAUGCAUUUAUCUUUUCGUCCAGGUGACAUCGUUAGAGCUUUGGUGCUAUCACUUGGAGAUGCGCGAUCAUAUUAUUUAUCAACGGCCAAGAAUGAACUGGGAGUGGUAUCUGCAGAGAGUUCAGCAGGCGCUACCAUGGUUCCAAUAAGUUGGACAGAGAUGCAGUGCCCGCUGACAGGCCAGAUGGAGCAUAGAAAGGUUGCUAAAGUUAACGCUUGACUAACUUGUUGAAUGGCAGGUUUCUUAUUGUCUCUUUCUUGCUGGAUUGCAAGUUGAAUUCCAAAGUCCAAACCUCUAUCGGUCGUUUUGGUUUGGGGAACUCAAGUAAAUCUAGUGAGCAUCUGCAUAAAUCUAGGUGAAUCCAAAUGCAUAUAAGAGAGAUGGUUUAUUUAUAAGUAUUAGGUUGACCUGGUUGGAUGUAGCAAAGUUUUGUUUACUUGUGAUUUGCUCUUUUUUGUUCUAAAAAAUACACAUUUUGUUGUGGGGUGUUCUCAUCUUGUUUUAAAAGAAUGCUCAUUUAGAUCUUCCAUGUACAAUGCUCCAAAUGUCUCUCCACCUUUCUUCUAUUCUUUCCCCAGUGUCAAAAAAUGGGCUUCAACGUU